GUUGCCAUCACUGUCGCACCUACUCUGUGGCAACUGCCGAAGUCCAGGAGCACCAAGAGGAUGGAGUUGGAGAAUGGCACUGUGAAGACUGAAUUCUUCCUCCUGGGAUUUAGUGACCACCCAGAACUUCAGACUGUUCUUUUUGCUGUGUUUUUUUCCAUCUACUCUGUUACCCUGAUGGGGAACCUUGGGAUGAUUUUAUUAAUCACAAGCAGUUCCUACUUGCACACCCCUAUGUAUUUUUUCCUCUGCACCUUGUCCUUCAUAGAUGCCUGCUACUCUUCUGUCAUUGCCCCCAAGUUACUUGUGGACUUGGUUUCUGAUCUAAAGGCCAUUUCUUUCAAUGGCUGUGCUGCACAGUUGUACUUUUUUUGCUCUUUGGUUGACACAGAAUCUUUCCUCCUGGCUGUCAUGGCUUAUGACCGAUAUGUAGCAAUCUGCAACCUACUGCUUUAUACUGUUAUCAUGUCCAAGAGGGCUUGCUGCCAGCUUGCAGCCGGAGCAUUUUUGGGGGGCACCAUGAGCUCAAUUAUACACACCACUAAUACAUUCCAUCUGUCUUUCUGCUCCAAAGAAAUUAACCAUUUCUUUUGUGAUAUCUCCCCACUCUUCUCCCUGUCCUGCACGGACACAUACAUGCAUGACAUUAUUCUGGUUGUCUUUGCUAGCUUGGUGGAAGCUACCUGUCUUCUGACAGUUCUUCUCUCUUAUGUCUGCAUUAUUGCAGCUAUUCUUAAAACAGGUUCUGCUGAGGGAAGAAGAAAAGGGUUCUCCACCUGUACUUCCCAUCUGGCCGUGGUCACCAUCUAUCAUGGUACCCUCAUCUCCAUUUAUUUGCGCCCCAGCACUGGUCAUUCACUGGAUAGUGACAAAGUGACCUCUGUGUUCUACACAUUGAUUAUUCCUAUGUUGAACCCCCUAAUUUAUAGUCUAAGGAACAAAGAUGUCAAAAAUGCCUUUAGGAAAGUGAUUGGCCAAAAAAUGCCUUCUUAAGAAAGGAUGAAACUGGGCCUGA